AUGAAUAUUAUAUCUAGAUUUGAAUGUCAAAAUAACCAUGAGAUACUACCCAGUUAUAUAACUGACGAUGAAAUCAGUGUGUCUCAAUAUCUCAAGUCUUCGUCUGAUAACAUUGAGUAUUACUGGGAGAUUGGAAACGUCAAACAGGUGGCUUUGAAUACAGAAGUAGCUGCAACACCUAUCAAGGAUUUGACUUCAAAUGCCACUGUUGUUGAUACUAGUCCAGCUGAAUGGGUAAAUAUUGGUAUUGAAACAAAUGCUAAUGGUUCUCAAGUAAAGCAAACUUUUGAUGAACUAUGGGAAAUGUACCUAAAUCCUGACUAUAAAGAUGAUUCAGCACAAAUUGAAAUAAUACAGCAACUCACAAACUUCUCUAGUAUAUUAAGUAAUGUCUCUGAAUCUGUUGAUGGCACAUCUACUGUGAAUUUAGACCAAGUUGCUCACAGUAUUGGUACUGUACUAGAUAACAAGAACUUUGCUAGUAAUGAAACUGCGUCAAAUGCGUUCAACGGAAAUCUGGUCCUUUUGGAAAAGCUGGUGCUGCUAGCUAACAAUGAGACUUAUCCAAAAUAUGAGGACUAUAUUACUACUUGUGAAGCCAGUUUAAGAGUACUGAACAAUGCAUUGGAGGCCAUAUUGCCUAAGAUGUCAGUGGAAACACCAAGCCAGUUAGACAUCUAUUCAAUAAUGUCAGACAUCUCUAGCAGACAAGAAUUUACUGAACAGAAUGAUGCUGAUCUGACUGCUGCGGAAAGAGGAUUCAUUGCUUCACAAAUUGCUAGGAAGAAUGAACUGGAAGUUGAAAUAAAAAAUGAUGUAGAAAAGAGAGGAAAUUGGUAA